AUGAAAGUCAUUGAUCCUGCAGAUGGGGUUAUUGCAGGCCUCACUGGUCGUAAAUUGAAAGUUCCAGAAUCCUGGGUUAAUCCAUCAGGGAAGUUCCCCAUAGGUGUAAAGAGUGCUUAUAUUCUCUACCCUCAACGUCUGAGAGAGCGAAUUAUUAAGGAACGCAAAGAGAAGCAGUGGGACCCUGUUCACAAAAUUUUGCUGGCGGAGGCACAAAGAAAGUUACAGUUGUUGGAAAAUAAUAAAAGCAAUGGUAGUAGUAAUGGAGCCAGUACUAAUAAUUUGAUUGACAAAAUGACAAAAGAGGAUGCUGAAACCAGGGUAUCACUGCUUAACAGCUUGGAGAAAAAGUACAAUGACCUGGGACCAGCUUAUGAUUGUGUCCUGUAUCAUGAUGGAGAUGUGUGGAGGGCAUGUAUUGAUACAUCGGAACGGGGAGAACUGGAAUCUGGAAUUCAUCUAGGGGAAUAUAGAAUUACUCACCAGUGGGCAUCGCUUACAUCAGCUGACCAGUACAAUAUCUCUGUAAAUGUGCACAAUGAUGGAAAUAUUCUUGAAAUUGUUGGAAUGUGUUCAAGUCAUGGUACACAUGUGGUUUCCAUCGCUCGGCUAAUUUCCCUGACGCCCCAGAGAGGAAUGGUGUUGCCCCUGGUGCUCAGAUAGUCUCUAUAACUAUAGG